UAGAUCAUGGCUCCUAGGAAAAAACCACCACCGACUUAUGAUGAGAUGUUUGGCGACGGUGCCGGGACGUCUUCUUCUUCCGGCGGCCGAGCAUCUUCUGAUGCCGUUCCGGACUCUCAGACAUCUCAGAGAGUUUGGAGUCCUCCUCCCGCACCUCACAUGGCUCCACCUCCGCCACCAGCAGCUCAGAUGGCUCCACCUCCUCCACCAGCAGCUCCGCAGGAGCCCAUUCCAGGGGUAGAUGUUCAUCCAGACUUGCGGGUGCCUCCUCAUGCACCAUACGCAAGAUAUACAGUGGAGGAUUUGCUUUCCGCUCCUGGACGGGAGGGUAUGGACGUUUUGGACCCCGAUAGACCGCCGGGUACUUAUUGGUUUGGGGCCAACAACCGUGUUUCCCGGAGCGUUUCAAAGACGAUGAAGGGAUACCUCGACGGAGCUUAUCCAAACUGGAGCUUGACUCCAGAUCACGUCAAGACCACUUGGUUUAAACAGUUUGCGGAAUUCGAGGCAAAGGCGAAGACUCGCCUUACCAACACGGUCUCGGAUUGGAAGGAUAAGUGGGAGAUCUACGGCUAUGACGGGAAGCCCACUGGGGUCACCAAGGAUGUAUGGGAUGGCCUCAUCGCCUUUUGA